AUGGCGGCGCACGAGGCCACCGCGCCGCGCGCGAUCGUCGCUCGCUCGAUCGCGCGCGCGACCGCGGGCAGGCGACCGCGCGCGGGUCCGAAGGGCGCGGUCGCCUCGCGGAUACAGCCCGGUCCCGGUGGGCACCCUCGCAGCGAUGGCGACGUCGCUCCCGAGACGUCGUCGUCGAGACGCGGUCGCAGGGACGCGCUGCUCGCGUCCUUCCUCGCGGUGACGCUCCGCGGCUCGAGCGCUCGCGCCACGGAUGCCGCGUCCGCGUCCGCCGAGGACCGCGCCCCCGCGGCGUGCGGCUCGUGCGAGGGGGUCGUGGACGGGACGCUGGGCCGAUGCGAGGGGUUCGGAAGGGACGACUGCAGGAGCUGCUUCGACGAUCGACCGCCGUACUUCGUCGCGCCUUGGGAGUACGAGGGAUCCGCGGCGGACGCGGCGAGGGCCAUCGAGGACGCCGUCGUCGCCACCGGCGGGCGCGUGUUGGCAUCGACAAACGAAGCGGGCGACGAUGGCGGAAAGGGCGAACGCGAUGGGUACGUCGUGGGGGUGUUUGGCGGGGACGACUCAAUCGUGCUCGAAUUUUACAUAGACGAGUCCGCGGCGGCGUGCGUGGUUCGGGGCACGCGCCGCGCGCCAACGCGCCCGACCCUCACCGUCCCGCGGUUCGACUCCCCGCUCGAUCGCCAGCUCGAGCUCGUCCGCGCCGAACUGCGAUGGCUGGAGGUUCCCGUGCUGAGGAAUCGGAAGAUCAACGCGUUGGUCGGGAUGGAGACGCCGUGGGACGACUUCGGACCGCCGCCGCCGCCGACGAUGGAGGAGAUGUACGGCGCGGACGCCAGGAGGCUCGACGAUCCGCUGCAGUGA